AAUAAUAAUCAAAAUAAAAAUCGUGUAUUACGUUCAUCAUCAUCUUCAUCAUCUUCGUCGUCGUCUUCAUCAUCUUCUUCAUCAUCAUCUUCGUCAUCUUUGUCAACAAUACGUAGUAAAAGUGAAUCAUCACGUGAAAAACGUAAACAAUGUAAUCGUAAAAAUGGUGGUUUAUGUCGUGGUAAUAAUAAUAAUAAAAAUAAUAAUUGGUGUCCAGAUAUGGAUUUAUCAAAUCGUGCUUAUUUAGCACCAACUGUAUUCGAGGGCAAGGCUAGAAGUAUGUCCUCAUCACGUAAACCCGGAUCAAACUAUGCUGUGACCUUUGAAGUUAAACAAGUUUAUAAAAGUCAAUCGGGUUUUCAACCAUUAAAAAAAAAUGACAGUGUUAGAUUACAUUUUCGGGAUAAAAUUGGUAAAAAUAAUAGUGCUAAAUAUAAAAUUUGUAAUAAUAGUGAAAUUUUAAUUGGUGGUAGUGAUUAUAUUAAUAUUAAUAAUAAAUUAAAUAAUUUUGUAACACAAUCAACAAUAAAUGAUUAUGAUGUGACAAAAUUUGUGAGAGCUGAUAUUAAACGUGGUAAAGUGUAUAUUGUUUUUGUUAAUCGUGUUGGACCAAGAAAUUUUACAAUACUUGGUGAACCAGUGAUUCGUAAUAAAAAAAAUGAACAAACUGUGCAAGCUGUUGUACGACCUGAUUAUGUAAGAGAAGUGACAUUGUCAGAGCUCAGGGACUCUGUUGCGAGAACCCGAGAAAGGGUAAAGCUCGUGUGUAGAACAAGAGGUUCACCACCUCCACGUGUUCAUUGGCUCAAGGACGGUGUGCCACUUAAUCCACGUAGGGGACUUAAAAUUCAACAUAAAAGAAGAAGAUCAAAAGUUGUUAUAUCAUCAGCACGACCAGAGGACAGUGGUCGUUAUGAAUGUAUUGCUGAAAGUACAUCAGGUUAUCGGGCAUCACUUGCUGCCCAGCUUCUAGUCGACCACGAUACCAAGAUUCCAGAUACAACGACGGUGGCGUGGCCUCGACAGGAGCAGCCCUGUCCAAUGGCAGGUGAUUUUUGCAUGAAUGGUGGCACCUGUCUAUUCUUUGAAACCGUCGGCGAGCCGGCAUGCAGAUGUGCUGAGGGGUUCACUGGUCUACGAUGCGAGACCAAGGACGUUAUAAGUACCGGAAGUGUGUACAAUCGUCAUCGAGCACCAUUCUCAUGCAAGCUUGGAUUAUCAACCUCAUACUAUUGCUAACGUGUCAUGAAUGCCAAAUAAAUUUUUUUUUUUUUUUCUUUUUUUACAUAUUAAUAUC